GUUUAAAACUGCAUGCAGGCAAAAAAUUUCCCAGGUGCUACCGCGUUGGAGAGGCGAAAAACCUAAGCUUUACAAAUAUGCUGUGCAUGCCGAUACUUCCUUUUCAAGGGAAAAUCCAGUUUGGCAACUUUUCCAACGACAUCAAGGAGACGGGAGGAGAAUGUGCAGCCCCGAUGGAGCCUCGGGCGCGCGGGUAGCGUUAUAAAGCAAUGCCGUGACGGGCAGUGUUUCAGAGCAAACUAAGCUAGAGCGGAGACGCACAUUCCCGAUCGGACACUGUCCUAAACGCCCGGGAUCUCCUGAAAAAUGACUCGUAGGACGACCGGGUGUUAAAUCAACUGGGACACGCGGCUACAGGUGGGAUGGACGCGCGCGCGGGCCACGCGACGGAGUGCGACCUGCGGGACCUCGAGUGCCCCGUGUGCUACGAGGUCUUCACGGGCUCCGAGAGGACGCUGAGCUGCGGACACAUCUUCUGCCACGACUGCCUGGUGAAGACGCUGGUGAUCGCGAGCCGGGACGGCCGCGUCGCGCGGGAGAGCAUCAUCUGCCCAGUGUGCCGCCACGUGACCUUCAUCAUCAAGGGGCUGCCGCUGGGGGUGACCACCGGCAAAGGCCCCGAGGUCGCGCAGACCCUCGAGGUCCCUGUGUGUCCCGCGGGUCAGGCGGCUCCGUCUGGGACCCACGUCACGACGGAGCGUAACUUCGUGCGCUCCGCGAGCUCAGCGUUGAGCCGAAUUUGCGGAGCUCUGCGGCACUUCUCGCGGGUGUCGAACGGAGUGACCUCGCCGCAGCCGGGCACUCAGAGCCAUGACUCUCAGAUCUUCAUCAUCAGCAACAUGGGCCGACCCAUGACUGAGGAUGAUGCGGCGAGCGCGGUGAUGACCACUGCGAGCGAGCCCACGGCGCGCCCACACAGCAGAAUUAACGCCGGGUGCACCACGGCGCGCUUUCUGCUCAUACUGCUGCUCUUCUUCACCGUGUUGGCCCUGAUCGCGGCCACACUGCCCUGGGUGCUGCUGAGUUAGGACACAUCACCUCAAAAUAUUAAUUUACCGUGAUCCUUUAAUUUAAUUGACUUAAUGUGAUUAAUUUGUUCUCCGGAGACUCCUUGUUAGCACACGCAACAUUGACUUUGUUAAUUUAUUAAUUUAAUAACUGAUCUGUUACCUGUAUUGUAAAAUAUCGUCUUGCAAUGGUUAUGUUGAUUGACGAGAAAUGUAAUCAGUUUAAAAUGCAUUUCAUUAUGACUGAUUAAUUGGUGUUUACAAGAAAAUAUAAAUUAAAGCACCAGUUUAGGGGUUUGUUUUGUAUUCAUAAUAUAGAAAAGUGACGUGAUUGAACUGCUCCCCCCCCCCC